UCACUUUCCCCAAAGAUUCCGUUAGCUUCGAGUUCAACUUUUGUUUGAAGCUAAGUGAAAAAAGAAUGGAGUUUUUGAAGUGCUGAAAGAGGAAACAAAAAGAUGAAGAUGAAAAAGCUCUCUACUUACCUCUUGUUUUCGCUUGUUCUUUUAGCUGUUGCUUCUUCCCAAGUGAGAUCUUUAACUUUAACCCCAUCGUUGAACGAUGAUGUUUUGGGGCUAAUAGUAUUCAAAGCAGACAUUCAAGAUCCAACCCAGAAGCUUUCCUCUUGGAACGAAGACGAUGACAUUCCUUGCAACUGGAACGGUGUCAAGUGUAACCCGAGGUUGAACCGGGUCACUGAGCUCAACCUCGACGGGUUCUCUCUUUCGGGUCGGAUCGGCCGUGGCCUGUUGCAGCUCAAGUUCUUGAGGAAGCUUUCUUUAGCCAAGAACAACCUCAGUGGAUCCAUUAGUCCCAAUUUGGUAAAGCUUGAAAGUCUCAGAAUCAUUGACUUGAGUGAGAAUUCUCUUUCUGGUUUUAUCCCUGAUGGUUUCUUUGAACAAUGUGGGUAUUUGAAGUCUGUUUCUCUAGCUAAUAACAUGUUUUCUGGUAAGAUUCCUGGGAGUUUAGGGUCUUGUGCUACACUUGCUGCUAUCGACUUGUCUCAAAACCAAUUUUCGGGGUCAUUGCCUCUUGGGAUUUGGGGUCUGAGUGGCUUGAGUUCAUUGGAUUUGUCUGGUAAUAUGUUGGAAGGAGAGAUUCCAAAAGGGGUUCAAGCUUUGAAUAAUUUAAGGUCCAUUAAUUUGAGCAAAAACAAGUUUUCUGGGCAGGUUCCUGAUGAGAUUGGGAGUUGUUUGUUGUUGAGAUCAAUUGAUUUUAGUUGGAAUUGGUUCUCCGGGUCAGUUCCUCAAACAAUGCAGAAGCUUAGCUUGUGUAGUUAUCUGAAUUUGAGUAUGAAUUCAUUUUCCGGUGAGGUUCCCGAAUGGUUCGGAGAGAUGGAAAGUCUUGAGACUUUGGAUUUAUCAGUGAAUAACUUUUCUGGUCAAGUUCCUGAUUCUAUAGGAAAACUUAAAUCCUUGAAGGUGUUGAAUUUCUCUGCUAACGGUUUCAAUGGAAGCUUACCUGCAUCGAUGGAGAACAAUGUGAAUCUUUUGGCACUGGAAUUUAGCCAGAACUUGAUGACAGGUGAACUUCCCAGAUGGAUUUUUAAUUCGCAGAAUAAGGUUGGUGCAAAUGUGGAUAUUGCCAGUUCAACUUCAUUAGGUACCUCCCUUCAAAGAAUUCAAGUCUUGGAUUUAUCUCGGAAUUUGUUUUCCGGGGGACUAAGUUUUGAGACCGGGGCUUUAAGCGGCUUGAAGUUGUUGAAUCUGUCAAGCAACUCACUCGUUGGACCUAUUCCAGGAACUAUUGGAGAGUUGACGGCCUUGGAUGUUCUUGACUUGAGUCUAAAUCAGCUUAAUGGAAGCAUUCCUACGGAAAUUGGAGGAGCAUACUCCCUUAAGGAUCUUAGGCUCAAUGCCAAUAUCCUAAUCGGAAAAAUUCCUACAUCGAUUGAGAACUGCACUUUGCUAAGGACUUUGAUCAUAUCACACAACAAGCUGAGCGGCCCAAUACCAGCUGAAAUCGGAAAACUGAGCAACCUAGAAAACGUGGACUUGUCUUUCAACAGCCUUAUGGGGACGUUGCCAAAGCAGUUGGCCAAUCUUCCCCGUCUCUUAUCUUUCAACAUUUCCCACAACAAUUUACAAGGAGAGUUACCUGCUGGUAUAUUUUUCAACACCAUAUCACCUACAGCUGUCACCGGCAAUCCCUUACUCUGUGGCUCCGCAGUCAACAAAUCUUGCCCUGCAGUUCUCCCGAAACCCAUUGUCCUAAAUCCUAACACCACUGCUGAUUCCAUUUCUGGUGAAUUACCUCCGAAUGUUGGUCAUAAAAGGAUAGUUCUUAGUAUCUCUUCCCUAAUUGCCAUUGGUGCUGCUGCUUUCAUUGUUGUUGGAGUCAUUGCCAUCACCGUUCUUAAUCUCCGUGUCAAGUCAUCAACAUCCCGGUCUGCAGAACCCCUCACAUUUUCUGCCGGGGAGGAGUUUAGCCAAUCCCCUACUACAGAUGCCAACUCUGGGAAACUUGUCAUGUUCUCUGGUGAGCCAGACUUUAGUACAGGAGCACAUGCUUUGCUCAACAAGGACUGUGAGCUCGGGCAUGGUGGGUUUGGAGCAGUUUACCGAACAGUUUUGCAAGAUGGGCGCUCAGUGGCAAUCAAGAAGCUCACUGUCUCAAGUCUUGUGAAGUCACAAGAAGAAUUCGAAAGGGAAGUUAAGAAACUAGGGAAAAUAAGUCACCCUAAUCUCGUGGCACUCGAGGGCUAUUACUGGACUCCAUCAUUGCAACUUCUCAUUUCUGAAUUUGUGCCUGGUGGAAGUCUGCACAAACAUCUCCACGAAGGACCGGGUGGAAAUCACCUUUCUUGGCAUGACAGAUUCCGUAUCAUUCUAGGGACAGCGAAAAGCUUGGCUCACUUGCACCGAUCGAACAUUAUUCACUACAAUAUAAAGUCAAGCAAUGUCCUUAUAGAUGGUUCGGGCGAACCUAAAUUGGGAGAUUUUGGCCUAGCAAGGUUGUUGCCUAUGUUAGACCUCUACGUUUUAAGCAGCAAAAUCCAAAGUGCACUUGGUUACAUGGCACCCGAGUUUGCCUGCCGCACAGUGAAAAUAAACGAGAAAUGUGAUGUGUAUGGAUUUGGUGUUUUGGUGAUGGAAGUGGUCACCGGGAAGAGACCUGUUGAGUACAUGGAAGAUGACGUGGUGGUGCUCUGCGAGAUGGUCCGAGAAGCGUUGGAAGAAGGCAGGGUGGAAGAAUGUGUUGAUGGAAGGCUGCAAGGGAAAUUCCCAGUAGAGGAAGCGAUUCCAGUCAUGAAACUAGGCUUAAUCUGCACGUCGCAAGUACCAUCAAACCGACCAGAUAUGGAAGAGGUAAUCAAGAUUUUGGAAUUGACCAGAUGCCCUUCAGAAGGCCAAGAAGAUUCGGGAUGACUUUAACUAAUACCUUAAGAAAUUGAAAGAUUUAUGAAGGGGUUAUCCGGCGAGGAAGAAUCCGGUUUGUUCAUUUCAUCAAAGAGAAGAAAUAUUUGUUUGUCGUAAUUGUUUUUGUUUCCAUUUUCCGUUUACGUUCGUGGUUUCUUUUGUAGUUGUAGCUCGGUCUGCCGGAUUCCUUUUCACCGGUUUCCAUUUCCGGUACCCCUUUGGAUACUGUAACCUAGUUGACUAAUCUUCACUGUUCUGCAAAUUUUUGUUCAUUGGGAUUUUAUAUUGUUAGCAUUAGGUUAUGAUAUAAUGCAUCUUUAGGUAAUGUACUGUGAUAUAUAUCUUUUGUGCUUGCUCAUCUUCAUG